AUGGAGCAGCAGAAUCAAGAUGUCUUUGGCGCUGCCAAUGACUUCUUGACUCCGGUCCUCGAUCGAGAAGAAAUCAAGAAGACCACAGGCAGUUCCCUGCUUCAAAUUCUCAGCCGGAGUUCCGGUCACGAUGAUACGAGUGAUGAAGCCGAGAGACCGACCGUCAUCAAUAGAGCCUUGGAUAUCUUGAUUAACAUCCAUGAAGCUUUCGUCCUGCCUGCGUCACAGGAGGUGUCUCAAAAGCCAUACUCCGAGGUUGCAGACUCGCCUAUGGAAGAUGCAAAGCGCCGUCGAGUCUUGCACGCAUUGCUAGACCUGGUUUCCUUGGAAGGCAUAUAUCCAUCACUAUCCUCUGGAGUCGGAAUCCCUCUCCAGCAGCGAGUGAUUUCCGUUUUGCCGGCGGGUAUCAUCGCGAAAAAGGCCACCACGAUUACUAGUAGUGUGCCGCAGAAUCACCAGCUUCUUCGACGCAUUAUUGGUGUUUUGCUUGAUAUUCUCAACGACAAUCGUCCAAGUAUUCAGCCCAUUAUCCGGAGCCGUAUUCUGAGUGAUGUAAUAAGUGGUCUAUCUGACCUUGCUUUCAACCCAAACAUCCAAGAAUCCUCCGAUCGAACAAGCCUGCAAAAAUCACUAUCGAAGAUUGUGGAAGAUACCCCUACCACUGUCUUAUUACCCACGCUAUCCGUCUUCCUUCAGUCAGAGACAUGCCAAUGGUUUAAGUCAACAAUAUCAAGCCAGCUUUCACACGUUCCUUUACGGCCAGGCGGAGUAGUUCACAUCAUCAUGUUUAUUGCGUCACAAUUCUCUCCAACUUUGGGACAAGAAGCACAGGAUCAAUCAAACGGCCCUCGGUUGACCGUGCAAGCUAUCAUGCAAAUCUCACGACUUCUCUCUUCUGUACCACAGGGGGUUGAGCCGAAGGUCUAUUUCAAGACAAUUGCUCCGCAGCUCUUGGCUUUGAUGGAUGGUACUGACCUGGAUCUCCAAAAGACAGCUUCAUACGUUGUCGCCAGUGGGAUUCUGGGAAAGCGCGCAUACGGAGCCGUUGGAACCAUCGGCCACUCAAUAUUCGUGGAGCCAAUUUUUAAUGCACUCACCGCAGAGCUUGACCCGAAAUCAAGACAGUGGAUGACACAGUUCACAGAUCUUGAAGGAUCUUUACCCGCGCCAACGGAAGUUCACCCUUCAUCUAAUAUCAUUGUGGAUAGCACUACCCUUGAUCUGGCAUUGGAAAGACUGAGAUGUCUUACAUUGCAGCACCCGAACCCCAGUGUCGUAAAACGACUCGUUCAACCAAUUUUGCUCCCACUGUGGGGUUUAAUAUGCUUUUCCAAAGAAGAGCAAUCCCUCAAUUCAUUCCAUGAGCGCGUGUUGCCUUUGCUCCAGACGUUCUUCAGCAUCUCGGUCGGCUCUCCGCCACUGAAAAAGCUUGUUGACAAUCUUCUUUGGGAUGGAGGUGUGAAUUGGACAUACUCCCAGAACGCAGAAUCACAGGUUGUAUUGUCCAAGCGGAGCACUCCAGCCGGUGACCAUUCCAACUUGAUUCAACUUAUGGAUUCCCUGCACACAAGAGCAGAGUUAUUCGCCGGUCUCCUUGGCUCUGACCCGAGCAGCGAAGAACGAACCGGUGACAUAUUCCUCUACGUCAGUGAAAAUUGGCUCGUUCAACCUACCACUUCUCGGGAAACCAAUAGCAUGCUAGAUGGCACAGGAGAGACUGAGGACAUCACUAAAAAGCUCGUCAGUGCCAAGGUUGCAGAGAAAUUGCUCGAUAAUUUCAAGGAUGCACUGACUCGACGCCCACUGCGUGUUCUCGAGCUUAUCAAGCAUGUAGUUGAUGGAGAGUUGCGCAGACUCAAAGUACGAUACGCCUUAGGACAAGGCAAAGUCUCGCUUUCGUCGCUAUCCAACAUCGUGGAGAGGGAUGACAAUGAAACAGAAGAUGCGGCAAACGAUUCAUCCGAAUCACUGUCAACUGCAUUCAGUCUUUUGUCAACCCUCCUUGCCUCCGCUGAAUUUUCGCCCACCGAUGAAAUAUUGCCGCUUCUGUCGUCUCUCAAGAAAGACCUUGAUGAGCUUGUGCCGCUUCUUCCUGCGACACUCUCCAAGCCAGGAAUGACUUCGUCCCUGCUAUUAGAGAUUCAACUUGCUCCCUCAGAGAAGCCCGCAACGAAAACAACAUCGGCCCACACAAAAGACCUCGAGACCUACCGGCAGGCAAUGGCCAAUUUGAGCUCAAAUAUGCCGCCAGUCAAGGCAGAAGGUCUCUUCCUUCUCGAGAAGCUUGUUGUUGCGUCGUCUCCUGUUAUUGACAUCGGUGUGGCCCUGGGUUGGAUGAUGUUGGUCAUCAAAGACACUUCAGGGACUUCCGAAGAUGAAACCUACAACCACAAGGCUGCCACUAGUGUGGUCGGAAAGUUGGCGUCACGCCACCCGCUCACGGUUAUCAAAACUUUGGUCGAGGAGUACGCCGAUAGACAGGAAAAGAAUACCCUCAAUCAACGCCUCAUGAUCGGCCAGGCAAUCGUCCAGUCGAUUCAAAAUAUAGGAGGUGGACUUUCUGGUGAAACAGCAAAGAUUCUUGGAGAAACUCUCAUUUCUGUCGCUGGACGCCGAGGAACUAAAGGUGAAUCGAAGAAGGCCAGCUCGAAGUCACAGAGGAACAAAAGUCCCGGUCUGGCUGGCCAGGAAGGAAAGAACCCCGAAACGCCCGAAGACUUAUCGACCUCGUCUGGGAUUGCCAAAGCCGUAUCCCAACUCAGUUCACACGAUGACGACUCAGAUGAUGAAACCGAGGAGCAAAAAGCGUUUGCGGCUAACGUGGUUGCUGCAUGGGCAGCCGGGGCAUCUGCAGACGAUAAGCCCGACGACCUUCGCGCCCGAGCCUCAGCAGUAUCAAUCCUAGGCACAGCCAUCACAAUCAACAUCAUCGGACUCGGCUCUGCGACUGUAUCGUCUGCCAUUGAUCUCGCACUUUCCAUCCUCACGCUCGAAACCGACACCGAAACCGCCAUCAUGCGCCGCUCAAGUGUGAUCUUGAUUCUUGAUACCUUGAAAGCCCUUGAAACGGCUCGAGAGACACUGGGGCAGGAUGUUGGAUUUGGGUUCUCCCUUUCGGACAACGAUACCUUCGCGUCGCCGCAGGGUCUCUCGCGCGAAACAUCGACUGUCGGUAACAUCCCCGCCAUGCUCCGCACGCUUUGCUUCGUCGAAAGCCGGGAAAAGGAUGGACUCACCCGUCAGCACCUGCGCGACCUGGUGGAGAGCUUGGAAGCAUGGACUGAGAAGUCAUUGAUGUGGGGUAUUGGCGCUCAGGAAGGUCAACAUGCCAUGGAUCCUAGGUUUGACCUUGGUGGCAGGAUUGCAGGUCUUCGCGUAGACCCGAUGGCUGGUGUGGAAAACACCGGUCGCCCACGUAUCGAAGAGAUAGAGUGA